AUGGAAGCUCCAUCUGCUGAUCCUGGCGCCUUUGGCAUUUCUCCAGAAGACUGGCAUGAUGCUGAUUCUUACACAGAUCUCGCUUCGGUCUAUGGGGAACUUGGUCGCAUCGAUAUCCUCGACCGGGUCGUGGUUCGGCAUCUCCAAUGUUUUGAGGCGAUUCAGGAAACCCAGGCGCGUCAGCCUUCUCCGUUACUGAGUCCAGAUUCUUCGUCCACCUCAGAACGUAGAUGGAGAGAUGCGGCCGCGUGCAUCGACCGACGGCGCGAAGCGCUGAGGUCGAGGGCGGCGUUUCUUUCCCGCGGGGAAACGAGAGACAUCCAAUUGACGGAUCUGUCAACAGAGCUCCUGUUGAUGAUAAUCAAUCAGUUCCGGUACUCAGCAUCCCCGGGCCAAACUGCUGGAGAAGACUUUAUCGCCCCGUUCUCUCGAUCUGACAUUCAGACCGUACAGUCCCUGCGGCUUGUCUCCCGUCUCUUCAACAGCCUGUCGAGCCCGUUACUCUACCCCGUCGUACGGCUCUCGCUCAGUCAGAAAUCCCUCGACCAUGUACAGGCAGUUUGCUCGAACCCCUUGAUAGCCUCUGGUGUUCGAGCUAUCCGGGUGAGCCUCGAAUACUAUCCAGCAGAGCUUGUAAGGGACUUGAAUAGAUGGUUGGGUUACAACCAUGACAGUCUGAACAUGAACCGCCGGAGGCUGUCCUCACUUCUUGCGCAAAACGCGUUCAGACGAAAAAAGGCCGAGGAGGCUGGUAACGUGGAGCGGGCGAGACAUUUCCAGGAAGCGAAUGAAGUCAUUCGCCAGGCGAUCGACGGAUCAAGAGAAGUCAGGUUCGUCAUGAGGCAGAUGAUGGACUCUGUCACUGAAUCGGGCCCGGAUCCAUCAGACAUGGAGCAUGUUGCCAGAUAUAAGGUACUUGUUCGAGAAUGCUAUGAUGAGUUCUCGCGCGCGUACGAGGAGCAGGUGCGACUGCUCAUGGACAAGUCGUUUGUUAGCUCCGUUGCUCGCUUGGCUUCCCUUGCAUCACGCCCAGUAGCUCUCGAAGUGAUCGCAAGCGAGCAAAGAUACCCCGACAGGGCGAAGAACAAGUCUCGAUCUAAUGAAGGGUCUGAAUCAAUGUUGUCCAAGUACUUGGCAUCCGGUGUAAGCUGGGAUCACGGAGGAGACGCCGACAACGAUGGAUAUCAGCGCCAGGCAAUCAGAAUCAUCCACGAUCUCCCGGUUGCCAUCCACCAGGCCGGUGGAGUCAUAGGUGCCUUCACAUUAGGCUGCCCGCCCACGGCCCAUCAUCUUCGCUUUAUGGAAGGCUUACCGGAUCGUGACUGGGGGUUGCUUAAUGCGGCAUUCCAGCAGCUCAAGAUAUUCUACAUGCCCAAACUUCCUUUCUCCCUUCGACACGGGUUGAGAUUUCCCUCAGAAGAACAGAGGGCUCAUUUCGAGGCCUACUUCUCCGCGUUGAUAGCCCAUCAGAACCUCGAAGAGGUCUCUAUUGAUGCAAAAGUAUAUCUGGGCGUUAAUACGUCUCUGUCUAUUGAGACUGGAGAAUGGGGGAUUUUGGAGGGAAUACUCGGAAGAGCAUAUUGGCCUCGCAUCAAAAGGAUCAAAUUUUCCAAUCUACCCAUAGCCCAGACUCAUGUGGAAGGGCUUUUUCAAGGUCUGGGAACAAGCAUUAACAAAAUUACAUUGGACCAUGUUCAUCUGGGCAGCGGGAGCUGGAUACGUGCAAUAGACAUCUUGCGAGAAAGGGUGAAGCAGGCACUUGGGCCUGGAUCUCUAAAUGAGUGCUCCGUUCACUUGAGAGCUUUAUCGGGUGGGGAGAUGGGCCUUGUUGAAACGGAAGCUGCCAGCCUUCUGAUGGAGGCAUUGGAAGAUUAUACUCUGGGAAAGGGGCCUUCUGACAACCCUUUGUUAAAGGACCAGUUGCUCCGGUGGUUCAACUCUAACACGGGUCUCUUCUAUGAUAACAGCAACAACCCGUACUGGUGGCAGGGAGGGAAUAUGCUGACCACCCUCGCUCUCUUCGGCAAGCUCGACUCUGGUGUUGGCAGCCAGGUUACUCCUGUAAUCAACCAGAUCUACACCAAUGCCCCCAAGAACAAGCCUUUUGCUAGUGCCAAACAAUCUAGCGACAUGUCAGUCUACGAAAAGGUCUACAUUCCCCGUAACAAACUUGCUGGCCGCUCCGCCCUCCUCCGUCGCCAGGGAGACGUUGGUUUCAUAAACUCAUUUUAUGACGAUGAGGCUUGGUGGGCUCUUGGCUUCAUCGCCUCUUGGGAGCUUACUGGCAGGAUUGAAUACCUCAAUGAGGCCAUCUACAUCUGGGACGACAUGACCGCUGCCCUCGGUACUACCCCUUGCGGCGGCAUCUGGUGGGAUAAGGCCCGUACCUAUGUCAACGCUAUUGCCAACGAGUUAUACCUUCACCUCUCCGCCGCCAUUGCCAAUAACGUUGGCAAUGAUGUCAAGCAGAAAUACGUUAACGCCGCUAUUACCCAGUGGAACUGGUUCAAGGGAACCGGCAUGAUCAACUCUCAGAAUCUCAUCAAUGACGGCCUUGACUCUAAUUGCAAGAACAACGGCCACCCCACCUAUACCUACAACCAGGGCGUUAUCCUCAGUGCCCUCGCCAAGCUUUACAAGGCUACGGGUGACAGCUCCUACCUUGACCAAGCGUCCCUCAUCGCCAAUGCUGCCAUAAGCACCCUCGUCGACUCCAACGGCAUCCUUGUCGACGACUGCGACAAGAACAAGAACUGCUCUGGUGAUGGUGAGCAGUUCAAGGGUGUCUUCACCCGUGGUCUCCGAGAUCUCUAUAACCAGCGUCCCACCGCCUCUUGGAAGACAUUUAUCGAGAGAAAUGCCCAGUCCAUUUGGAACAAUGAUUUAGCCAUCCAGAACGGCGGAUGCUUUAAUGGCGCUUAUUGGGGUGGUCCCUACGCCACCGCCGAUGCGAGCACUCAGUCUUGUGCUUUGGAUACGAUUGUUGCUGCUCUUGCCAUUAACUAA